ACCCUCAGCCUCCGUCUCUGCCUCGGUCCUCCCCUCCAUCAGCCAUCCUUCCAUCUGCCCCUCGCCCCCUCCUUCCUCCUGGUCCCCUCACUCUCUUUGCUUUCUUCCCACCAGCUGAUCUGGGGCAGCCUUAUCCGGGGAUAACCAUGGGGCUUGGAGGGAAGAAGAGGACAGCGACUCCUCACCAGCUGAAUCCAAGCCCAAGAACUAAAAGGGAUCCUAAACCAAGUGGAAGAAAGCUGAAGAGGAAAAAAAAGAAGAAAGAUAUAGAGGAGCUGAAGAAAGAAGUGGUCAUGGAUGAUCACAAAUUAACCUUGGAAGAGCUGAGCGCCAAGUAUUCCGUGGAUCUGACAAUGGGCCACAGCCCUGAAAAGGCACAGGAAAUCCUGGCUCGAGAUGGACCCAAUAUACUUACCCCGCCCCCCACCACUCCAGAAUGGGUCAAAUUCUGUAAACAACUGUUUGGCGGCUUCUCCAUCUUACUGUGGAUUGGCUCCAUUCUCUGCUUCGUGGCCUACAGCAUCCAGUUGUAUUUCCAUGAGGAGCCUACCAAAGACAACCUGUACCUGGGCAUUGUACUGGCUGUCGUGGUCGUGAUCACUGGCUGCUUCUCCUAUUACCAGGAGGCCAAGAGUUCCAAGAUCAUGGAGUCUUUUAAGAACCUGGUACCUCAGCAAGCACUGGUAAUUCGAGGCGGAGAGAAGAUGCAGAUCCAUGUACAAGAUGUGGUGGUGGGAGAUCUGGUAGAAGUGAAGGGUGGAGACCGCAUCCCCGCUGACAUCCGGCUUAUCUCUUCACAAGGAUGUAAGGUGGACAACUCAUCCUUGACGGGAGAGUCAGAGCCCCAGUCCCGCUCCCCUGAUUUCACCAAUGAGAACCCUCUGGAAACCCAAAAUAUCUGCUUCUUCUCCACCAACUGUGUGGAAGGAACUGCCCGGGGCAUUGUGAUCGCCACAGGAGACUCCACCGUGAUGGGCCGCAUUGCCUCUCUGACAUCGGGCUUGGCGGUGGGCCAGACCCCCAUUGCUGUUGAGAUUGAGCACUUCAUCCAUCUGAUCACAGCGGUGGCCAUCUUCCUUGGUGUCAUUUUCUUUGGGCUCUCGCUCAUCUUGGGCUACACCUGGCUGGAGGCUGUCAUUUUUCUUACUGGCAUCAUUGUGGCCAAUGUGCCUGAGGGGCUGCUGGCCACGGUCACUGUGUGUCUGACCCUGACAGCCAAGAGCAUGGCUCGGAAGAACUGCCUGGUGAAGAACCUGGAGGCGGUGGAGACGCUGGGCUCCACCUCCACCAUCUGCUCUGACAAGACGGGCACCCUCACCCAGAACCGCAUGACCGUCGCCCACUUGUGGUUUGAUAAGACCAUAUAUGAGGCCGACACCAGCGAGGAACAGACUGGGAAUACAUUUAGCAAGGACUCCGAUACCUGGUUGAUCCUGGCCCGAAUCGCUGGCCUCUGCAACAGGGCUGAAUUUAAGGCUGAUCAGGAGACCCUUCCCAUAGCUAAGCGGGCAACAGCAGGGGAUGCUUCCGAGUCAGCCCUCCUCAAGUUCAUCGAGCAGUCUUACAGCUCUGUGAAGGAGAUGAGAAAGAAAAGCCCCAAGGUGGCAGAGAUCCCCUUUAAUUCUACCAACAAGUACCAGAUGUCCAUCCACCUUCGGGAGGACAACUCCCAGACCCACGUACUGAUGAUGAAGGGGGCUCCGGAGAGGAUCUUGGAGCUUUGUUCUUCUUACCUUCUGAGGGGGCAGGAGUACCCAAUGGACGAUGAGAUGAAGGAAGCCUUCCAAAACGCCUACCUGGACCUGGGAGGUCUGGGGGAACGCGUGCUAGGUUUCUGCUUCUUGAAUCUGCCUAACACUUACUCCAAGGGAUUCAAGUUUAACACAAAUGAGCUCAAUUUUCCCAUGGAUAACCUUUGCUUUGUGGGGCUCAUAUCCAUGAUCGACCCUCCCCGAGCUGCAGUGCCUGACGCUGUGGGCAAGUGUCGGAGUGCCGGGAUCAAGGUGAUUAUGGUAACAGGGGAUCAUCCCAUUACAGCCAAGGCCAUUGCCAAGGGUGUGGGCAUCAUCUCUGAAGGCACUGAGACGGCAGAGGACAUUGCUGCCCGGCUCAAGAUCCCUGUCAGCCAGGUCAAUGCCGGGGAUGUCAAAGCCAUUGUGGUGCAUGGCUCAGAACUAAAGAAUAUGAACUCAGAACAGCUUGAUGAGAUCCUCCAAAACCACACGGAGAUCGUGUUUGCUCGGACUUCGCCCCAGCAGAAGCUCAUCAUUGUGGAGGGAUGUCAGAGGCUGGGAGCCAUCGUGGCGGUGACGGGUGACGGGGUGAACGACUCCCCUGCGCUGAAGAAGGCGGACAUCGGCAUUGCCAUGGGCAUCGCUGGCUCUGACGUCUCUAAGCAGGCAGCUGACAUGAUCCUGCUGGAUGACAACUUUGCCUCCAUCGUCACGGGCGUGGAAGAAGGCCGCCUGAUCUUUGACAACCUGAAGAAAUCCAUCGCCUACACCCUAACCAGCAACAUCCCCGAGAUCACCCCCUUCCUGCUCUUCAUCAUCCUCGGCAUCCCCCUGCCUCUGGGCACUAUUACCAUUCUCUGCAUUGACCUGGGCACUGACAUGGUCCCUGCUAUCUCCUUGGCUUAUGAGUCAGCUGAAAGUGACAUCAUGAAGAGGGCUCCACGGAAUCCAAAGACUGACAAGCUGGUGAACAACCGUCUCAUUGGCAUGGCCUAUGGACAGAUCGGAAUGAUCCAGGCUCUGGCAGGAUUCUUCACCUACUUUGUGAUCCUGGCUGAGAAUGGUUUUAAGCCUAUUGAUCUGCUGGGCAUCCGCGUCAACUGGGAAAAUCGACACCUUAAUGACCUGGAGGACAGUUAUGGACAGCAGUGGACCUAUGAGCAGCGGAAGGUGGUGGAGUUCACGUGCCAGACGGCCUUCUUCGUGAGCAUCGUGAUCGUGCAGUGGGCGGACCUCAUCAUCUGCAAGACCUGCCGUAACUCAGUCUUCCAGCAGGGCAUGAAAAACAAGAUCCUAAUAUUUGGGCUCCUGGAGGAGACAUUUCUGGCUGUUUUCCUGUCCUACACUCCAGGCAUGGAUGUGGCCCUGCGAAUGUAUCCACUCAAGAUAGCUUGGUGGCUCUGUGCUACUCCCUACAGCAUCCUUAUCUUCAUCUAUGAUGAAGUCAGAAAAUUCAUCAUUCGUCAUCAUCCUGGCGGCUGGCUGGAGAGGGAGACCUACUACUAAACUCAGCAGAGGAAGCACUUCCCAUGACACGGGGUGUCCUGAGGGCUGGGUGCUGGCGGGGGCUGGGGGUAAUGAGUUUGGCAAAACAUC